AUGGCGAUGCCACUCGGCCUCUCCCCAGCCACGUCCUUCGCCGCUCCGGCGGGGUUUCUCGCCUUGAACUGGUUCUAUGCAUACGUGGCUCUAUCCAGCAGGCCGUGGAAGCAAAGCGUCGGCAUCGACCACAAUGGUAGCCCACGGCAAGACUUGAACAAGUACGCCGACGCCUAUAUUCGCGAGGGCAAGAUGACUCGUGCCCAGCUCGACCGCAUUUACCGCAUCGAAGCUGCCAGUGCAAAUUCCACGGACGGCUUUGCCUUCUUUGCGGCGUCGGUCCUCUUCGCACUCGUCGCCGGCGUUCCUGAAUCGUCACUCAUAAAGGGAUGCACUACGUACACCGUCGCAAGGCUGGUGUAUGGAGCCGUGUACGUGUUCGUACCCCAUGAUGUCUACAGUCAGCUCCGCGGAAUUGCUUGGUGGACGUCGAAUUUUUCUUGUCUGUACCUAUUGUGGAAGGGUGGGCGCGGGUGA